AAAAAAGACUAAUUUGUUUUUCUUCUCCUUUCUCCUUACUCUCUACCUCUCUCCCAGCCUGAAGUUCUGGAUCAAAUACAAAAUUUAAGGGAGUUGUGGAUGGAUAAUAAUGCAUUGCAAGUGCUACCUGGGUCUAUAGGGAAGUUAAAGAUGUUGGUAUACCUGGAUAUGUCAAAAAACAGAAUAGAAACGGUUGACAUGGAAAUUUCUGGAUGUGAAGCUCUGGAGGACCUCUUACUAUCAUCUAAUAUGUUGCAGCAGUUGCCUGACUCUAUAGGACUCUUGAAAAAACUAACUACUCUAAAAGUGGAUGACAAUCAACUUACGCUGCUACCCAAUACAAUCGGAAAACAAGAGAAGUUGCUUUCAGUAGGAAGUAGAAUCCUGACUAUGGUCAUCCUGAGAACUAGCUUUGUCAUAGAUGGUGAUCGUCAGCCAGAUGCCAGCCUCUUGAUAACUCCAAUGUGUAAACUCAGUUUUUUCUGGAGUCCAGUCUUAGCCCACAACCAACAUGGAAGUAUGCAUGUCUUGAGCUCCUGUCACACGUCAGAACGAGUUCACACCUCUGUCCUUCACCAUCUGUGCCUCUGGCCAGACUUUGCCUCAGGAAGAAGCAGCCCAGAGCUCUAA